AUGGAUCUGGGGUUGUUCGAUUCUCUUGGGUUAAGCCCAGGAGAGGUAUGUUGGGUCAUUAAUGAAGGUUUAUGGAUUGGGGAAGGAGGAGAGAAAGAGGAAAAAGGAGGCUGCGCAGUGGUUCUCCCAAUCCUACAAAACCUUAAUAUGUACUAUCUCCCCUUCCUUUCUCCCCCACCCACCAUCCCUCUUCACCCUCCACUUCUUAUAUCCACAAUCCCAUCAUCCCCCCUCUAUUUUGAUGUAGUCCACCUCUUGUCUACGAUUGGUCCUCGAUGGUUCUCAAUCAUCGCCCUUCGCUCCUCAGUUCCACUGUUGCCGCUCUCGUCGCUCUUCCUCAAUGAGGAUGCGAUUACAAUGCAGUUUGCACUAGUUUCUUGGACUAUGCGCACUUCUAUGCUAGUGGCUUGCUCACCCCCAUUUUCUGUUCGAAUCUUUGCUACAUCUUAG